AUGUCUUUACCAUCGCGAUAUGCCAAUGAAGGUUUAUCAAAACAAGAUCAAUCAAGAGUUAUAACUAGUGGUAUAAAACGUAAUAAACCAAUUGAAUAUAAACUAAAAAGUAUAAAUGAAAAAGUUCAGGACCAAGUUGAUUAUGAUAUUGCCAUGCUGCCAAUUGAUGAUUUAGAAACAGAUAUAAUUGCAUCAUUUGUAGAUUAUACAAGAAAUAAACAAAAUAUAAUACAUUCAAAUUAUGAUGAAAUGAUAAUUGAACAACAACUGGAGAUAAUCCUCGAUGGGAAUGUAAGUUUAUUAAUUAUUGAUACAAAUUUCAUAUUAAGUCAAUUGAAUAUAUUAGAUGAUAUAAAUAAAUUAGCAAAUCAAUAUAAUUUAAAGGUUGUGAUUCCAUUAUAUGUGAUUAAAGAAUUAGAUGGGUUAAAAUCUUCCAAAUUUAAAACAGAUAGAGAUGCAGAAUUAUCUUCUAAUUCAGUAUCGCAUUUGGCAAGGUGGGCCAAUGAUUGGAUUUAUUCUAAUCUUGCUUCUUCUUCAGAAACAAUCAAAAUUCAAAAAAUGUCACAACGACUACAAUCUGAUUUAGUCAAAGAUCAAGCUAUACUUGAUUGUUGUUUAUAUUUCAAACAAAAAUUUCCACAAUAUUUAACUAUUUUAUUAUCAAAUGAUAAAAAUCUAUGUUCCUUGGCUUUAUCUAAUGAUAUAUUAACAGUGAGUUUUAAUAAUGAAAUGACGGGUGAAGGUAUAUCAAAAACAAUACAUGAGGAGAAUUUAAGAAGAUUUGGUAAACUUGAACCAAAAGUAAUUCAAUCAAUUAAAGAAGAGAGAGUGAAAUCAAAAAAUACUAUUAAUCCAUCAGACGAAUGGAUAAAAGAGACUCAGAAAUUUAAUAUAAAUAGUGAAGAUGAUGCCAUAAAUACAAUUUAUACCGAAAUUCAAACUGUUUUAUUAGCUGCACUACAUCAUUGUAUGGAAAAAGAAUAUGGUGAAGAUUUAGACUUGAUUAGAGAGUAUGAUAAAGAACAAAUUAUAACUAUACUAGAUUGUUCAAACUUAAUUAUACGAUUUUGGUUUACUGUUUUUAAAGAAUAUUUUCAGGGACAUAACAAAAUAUUACCUUUUGGAGAAGAAGGUAAAAGAAAAGUUCCAAUUCAUGUUGAUCGUCCAAGAAAUUAUUUUGAAUUGAAAGAAUUUGUUAAAUUUUGGUCAACUAUUUUACAAAAUAUUUAUGAUGAAAUUAUGAAUGAAACUGAACAAGAAGCUUUAAAAUAUUUACAACAGAGAUGGGAAAAAAUGGCAAGCUUAUUAAUGUGA